GUUGGAGCCAUUUAGUGGCUAUAUCAAGCAAGACCGUCUCAAUCUAUCAUCUUUCACGCGGGUGGAGGUUCUUUGAUGCCGGUACAGGUUGGUGGUGGCAUUAAAUCAUAAUUAUCUGCUAAAAGGAUGCAAAUUGUGCAAGAAACCUUAACAAGGUAGUCUUUGCUAGAGAGGAAAGGAAGCAAUAAUGGAGAAGAUAGAGGAAAGUAUUGCUGAGCUAAGACAGACUUUCAAGAGUGGAAGAACCAGAAGUGCUUUGUGGAGGAAGAACCAGCUUAGAGCCAUGAUCAAGCUUAUCACUGAGAAUGAAGAAAGGGCUUACCAAGUUCUUCAUGAAGAUUUGGGAAAGCACCCUGUUGAAGUUUACAGGGAUGAGGUAGGAGUAAUUAAGAAAUCUGCCAAGUAUUCUCUAAGCUGUGUGGAGAAAUGGAUGGCCCCCCAAAAGGCGCAUCUACCAUUGAUUUUCUUCCCAGCAAGGGGAGAAGUAAUGCCUGAACCACUUGGUGUAGUUCUGAUCUUUGGGGCUUGGAACUUCCCACUCUCACUGACUCUAGACCCAUUAAUAGGAGCAAUAUCUGCUGGAAACACUGUGAUUAUAAAAACUUCAGAGCUUUCACCUUCAACCUCUUCUUUUCUUGCAAAAACUAUCCCUCUUUACUUGGAUUCCAAAGCUGUUAAGGUCAUUGAAGGUGGAGUUGAUGUCAGCGAACAACUACUGAAGCAGAAAUGGGACAAGAUAUUCUUCACUGGUAGUCCUCGCGUGGGGCGGAUUGUAAUGGCUGCCGCUGCAGAGCAUUUAACACCGGUUACUCUGGAGCUCGGAGGGAAAUGCCCAGCCAUCUUUGACAAACUUUCCAAAGCCUAUGAUGUAAAGACUGCAGUGAAAAGAAUUGUAGGAGGGAAGUGGGGGCCUUGCAGUGGACAAGCAUGCAUAGGAAUAGAUUAUGUGCUUGUUGAAGAAAAAUUGGCUCCUCUUCUGAUAGACCUACUAAAGACUACAUUGAAGAGAUUCUAUGGUGAAAGGCCAAAAGAAUCAAAAAACAUGUGCAGGGUUGUGAACAAGCAUAACUUUGAGAGACUGCAGAAACUCCUUGAAGAUCCGCUUGUCGCUGCUUCGAUUGUCUAUGGUGGCUCACAGGAUGAAGAAAGAUUGUUCAUUGAGCCAGCAAUCCUGUUAGACCCUCCCCUUGAUUCUCAGAUCAUGACAGAAGAAAUAUUUGGCCCAUUGCUUCCAAUAAUAACACUAAAUAACAUUCAAGAAAGCAUUGAAUUCAUAAACUCGAGGCCUAAACCCCUAGCCAUCUACGCCUUCACCGAAGACGAAUCAUUGAGGAGAAGGAUUUUAUCAGAAACAUCCUCUGGAAGUGUGACUUUCAAUGACUCCAUCAUUCAGUUUAUAUGCGACACACUGCCAUUCGGAGGUGUUGGUCAGAGUGGGUAUGGAAAGUACCAUGGGAAGUACUCUUUUGACACUUUCAGUCAUGAAAAAGCAGUUCUGAGAAGAGGCUUCUUCCCUGAGCUUAAGCCAAGAUAUCCUCCAUGGAAUGAUUUCAAGCUGAAAUUCAUCAGACUGGCUUAUGACUUUAACUAUUUCGGAUUGGUCCUCCUCCUUUUGGGAUUGAAAAGGUAGCAAUAUGUGUCAUCAAUCAGUAAAAAGCAUUUAUGAGGAGACUCAUGGAAUGAUUUCAGGCAGGCUGCAGUUCAUCAGACUGGUUUGGUUUACAACUCCCAGACGCAUUUUGCAGUCUCUCUCGAAUAAACAUAGCAUUGUAGUUGGUACUUAUUUCAGAUAGAACCAAUCUCAGUUGACUGUUGUUUAUCUAUUAGUAAAUAAAAAAUUUGAAAAGCAACUUUGUUCAACUGUUUAAAUUAAAAUACUGAUCAACAAGAGUUG